GUCACUUCCCACGCGCGCGGGAUCCUGCUAACGGCAGCUAAGCGACCGACUGACAACCGAGAGCCGCCCGGGACGUCCGCGGUUUGACAAAAACCCCGAGAAGAGACCUGCAGUUACCGUCGACACGUGAAGUGUCCCCGCUGCAGACUGUGCGUGACGACACCGAGGGGCGUUCAGGGGCAGCUGUGAUCCUGCGGGGUGAGAGAGAGAGAGAGCGAGCUGCCGUGUUGUUGACAUCCAUGACGAGCACGGAUGUGGCUCCAGAUCCGCUGCGUUAAGUUUUUCCAGCUAGCUAGUGACUUUCGGGCGGAAGUUCCCCCUCGUCUGGCAUGAAUUCAAACCCUUAGUUCGCCCUGGCUCGGCACCGAGCCGAACCCCCGAGUCUUUUUUUAGCCGGCGGACGAAGCGAUGAAGCUGCAGUGUGACGUCGAGGUGGUGAAUCGGAUGCUCCCCACGUUCGGCAUGAGGAGUCGCGGCAAGGGGACGAGAGCGGUGCUCUCCAUCGGCAGGCACCUGGACAAGACGAGUCAGCGCAGCAACGUGUUCAUGAUGAUCUGCACGGCUAAAGACCGAGCAGGGUCCAAGUACAAGCUAAAAGACAACAUAGAGAAGUUCUUCACAUGGUUCGUGGAGGAAGGCAAGGCCACUGUGAGAUUAAAGGAACCUGCUGUUGACAUUUGUUUGAGCAAGGCCGAUGCAAACAGCUUGAAGAACUUCCUCUCGGCCGCCCGUUUGGCAGACAGAGGGAGCGACGCAAGCAGCCUCCCCCUCUCCACGCUCACGCCUGUUCGUGCCAGGGACGUGGAGCAGCCCAAGAAGAAGCUCACCAUCGUCUCCAAGAAGGACUACCCACUCACCUCCAACUUCCCCUACUCCCUGGAGCAGCUGCAGGUCUCCUACUGCAAACUUUCCCGCGUGGACAUGCGGAUGCUGUCCCUCAAAGCUCUUCGCAAACUAGACCUCAGCAACAACCACAUCAAGAAACUCCCCGCCACUAUCGGUGACCUCGGAUGCCUCUCUGAACUCGUCCUCCACAACAACCACCUGGAGGCCUUCAGCGAGGCGCUGUGCCUGUCCACGCUGCAGCGGACUCUCCAGCUGCUGGACCUCAGCCAGAACCGACUGCAGUCCCUCCCCGCGCAGUUCUGCCAGCUCCGAGAACUAGUCAACCUCAAACUGGACGACAACGAGCUCGCUUGUCUGCCUUUCCACGUCGGCCGACUCUCGAAGCUGAGGUUCCUGUCAGCGGCGCACAACCAGUUGGCUGUGCUGCCCGGUGACUUCCGCAAGCUGAGUCUGGAGAACCUGGACCUGUUUGGAAACCCUUUUAUCCAGCCCAAUCCUCUUGACCACACAAUGCGGCUCACAUUCCCCCUCCCACUUCAAGAGUUGGCCUCUAGAGCUGUGUCCAACCUCAGGAUACCGUACGGACCUCACCUCAUCCCUGCCCACCUGUGUCGGGACCUCGAAAUAGCCAAGACCUGCGACUGCGGCAGCGUCUGCAUCAGUUUCUACAUCAAGACGGCGGUCAGCAUGAACCUGCACCAAGUCUCUCACACGGUUGUCCUGGUGGACGACAUGGGAGGCACUGACGCACCGGUGCAGCAGCACUUCUGCUCCCUCUCCUGCUACUCUGAAUUUUUAGACAACUCCCUCCAGAGAGGAUUAAGAUGAGCAUGAACGUUUUACCGAAAAUCUGCCAACAGCUGGAAAUCGCUGUGGAGACUGUCGUGAGUGUAUCUGAUGAAGAAGCAGUUAAUAGCUCAGUUGUAUAGUUUUCUAGUAACGCCCUUAAAUACAAGGACAAUGUUGACUCUGUUAAGCUUUGUUUUUAUAAGUGCUUCAAGCUGCCUGUUUUACACCCACAUUCUGCACCUCCCACAUAUCAAGGACGGGCCAUGAGACAAGCAUAAACUUCACACCUGCUCUGUCGGCAUCUACUGGCCACUUAACUGUAUGCAAUGAUAGUGGGCGACAACACUGGGAGACAAAAAGACUCCCACGGUGUCUUCUUCUGUUCUUGCUGCCUCUGAGAGCAACAUGCAGGUUCCUCCACUGACCCACGUAUACUCAGCAGGGGAAUAAAGACGUCAGAUGAAUUUCCUGAACCCAGUGCCUCAGGGUCCAUAGGUGUCGCCUAAAGGGAGUUGGUUUUUACUGUGGUAAAGACCCACAACCUUUUUUUAUACAUAUAUAUAUAAACAUAUAUAUACUGUACACUGUAUGUGGAAAAAUUCAAUAAAAUAAAAUAAUUAAU